GUGGAAAGUGGAGUAGCUCUUCCGUUGAACGCGGCGAUCGUGACGCUACUACCGUUUUUACCUUAUCUGUCAAAAGCGACAAGCGAGACCGGGCAGAGUGAACAGCCGUACGUCGAACGUGAAUCCCCGCGAGACGCAGGCGACGCAAUGGCGCACUGGUUUCACCGCAACGUGCUGAAAGCGACGUCGAGUCAGAAAUUCGACAUGAAGGUCGCCAAUUCUACGGACGCCACCAGGAAGCUUUGCAGUGACUUGAAGCUGUCACGAGCGAGACUUCUGGAUCUGAUCAGAAAUGCGAACAACACCAGCGACACGAUAGAGCCUGCGUUUCUCAGUUACCUGAGUUUGCUGUACGGAUUUUUGUGGGAAGUCAAGCCGUCCGAGGAAGAAGCGCAGCAUGUCGGCAGACCUAAUCCCAGCAAGCUCAGAAAUGUUCUCGUAUUCAAGUGGACACACACGUUACUCGGCAGCGGCACAUUUUCCAGCGCCGAUUCUGUUUACGAGGCUGCAAACAUGAGCGUCAACGUAGGCCUUUGGUUCAUGAAGCAUGCGGCGAUGAUUGCUGCGAAAGAUGACAUAACGAUGAACGAAGCUAAAGAAGUGCACAGCAUGCUAAGACGAGCCGCCGGAAUCUUUACUUUUGUGCAGACCGAGUUUUUGCCACAGCUGGCCAAUCCACCGCCUCUGGGAAGUGAUUUAGACCCUCGUGUACUAAACGCAUACGUUAAUCAGUGCACAGCGGAGGCACAAGAAGUGACCGUAGCUAGAGCGGUAGAGCUGAAACAUAACUCCAGCUUGAUAACAGCUUUAGCCAACGAGACUAGCAAGUUGUUCCUGGACGCUGCCAAUACUCUUCGUCCAUUCAAGCCAGAGAUAUCGGCUCAGUGGACGAAAUAUCUGGAACUGAAAGCAGCGUUUUAUCAAUCUUAUGCCUACAAUUAUUGCGGUGAAAACCUGCUGGCAAUGGACAAAUGCGGCGAGGCGAUACGAGCGAUGCAGGAAAGCGAUAUGUGUUUGCAGAAGGCGAAAGCGCUCUGUCAAGAGUACGGGAAAACGAGCGGGCCUGCGCCGCGCGUCAAGCCGGAUCAACACGCCGUGUUUAAACGCUUGGCGCCCAUAGUGAAGCUCACGCUCGACAAGUGUAAUCGGGAAAACGGUUUGAUAUAUCAUCAUACAGUACCGGGUGAAGUUCCACUCUUGGAUACCAAGGCCACUUACGGCUUGGUCAGCCCGAUCGACUUCCAAAUGCCGGCACUCAAUCCCAUCUGGAAUCUGGGUACGUAUAGUAUAACCGGAGUGCCGGCGGCGAAAGCCGGGAAGGAGCAAAAUUUGCCGCCGGUUAAGGAAGAGGCGGUUCAUCAGAGCAACAAGGAGCCGAAAAACGCAAGCGGUUGCACGCUACAAUAAGGCUCUCUCCACGUGCAACGAUAUAGGCCGUUUGUAAAUGCUUUUCUGUCUUUUCGUCACCGGUGAUAUUAAUUUUAAUUGCGAGAGACAUGUGCGGACGGCAUUCGACUGAGCGUGGCGUAUGUGCGCGUACCAUAUGCGCACGAGUACAAAUCCCGUUGUGUGAAACGUUAAGUAUUAAUUAUUAGAUAAGAAGAGAAAUUGUCUAUUAUUGUGCAGAUGCAUUUCAUUGUAUCAAAGUAUUAAAUGUCGCGCCGCGCAACGGAUAGGCAACCGACUACAAAAGCAAAACUAUGACUUGCCGGCGUAAACGGACGGGCAGAAAUGCCUGGACGUUUCUCUAAGUAUAGAAUACAUUAUAGAAAUGUCCAGGCGUUCCUGCCCCUGUCUUUGCACGUCUGUUUCGUUUUGCACAUGUCUAAAACUCUUUUAGCGGACGUUUGCGUAACCAUCAAUACGAAAUGACACAUGCGAAGCGAUUCGUAUGUAAUUUGCUUCUAUCGUACGCAAUCAAUACGGCUAUCAUUGUAGAUACAUACAAUUCCUUGCUCAAAGAAGGGAAUUUUAUCAAUGUCGCAGGCAUUACUUUAAUCGCUUUGUUCGACCUAGUCAAAUGUUUUAACGAAACUAAAUUUUUUUACUCGGUAACGCGAGGGAGAUCCUCGCAUGUGCAUGCAAUGCGCGUAUUGUAACAAAGAGACGUAUGCAAUCUUUUUCUACAUAUUUUUUAUAAGCUAUAGGUUUAAACUCGACGUUCAAUUCAGAUUGCAAAAAUAUAUAAUAUAUGUAUGAAAAUGUCUCAAGAGAAAGAAGCAAAUGUUAAACUAAUGCCAAGCAUUAGUUAUUGCUGAAUUAUAGCAAUUAUCUUUGUUAAUAAUUAUAAUUUGUGAUAUGCAAAGCAUUUAUAUAUGUAUAUGUAUACAUGACCAGUGUGUUAACUAUCGAGAUUGAGAACUUGUGGGCCGCCGCGCCCGCUAUUGGCUUUCGAAAAUCACUUAUGUAUACACACGAUAAAAGUUUUCGUUAGCUGUUAAAUAAUUUAAGAAGGUAACUUUUGUGUGCAAUAUAUUACCGAGAUUAAUGUAGCAAUAUCUUAUCUAUGUAACAUAGAUAAUAAACGAGUAUUACGUCGCAA